AAUUUGGGUAAGGAAAUCGGGCAUGUAGAUAGGAUUUGAUAAAAAUGGAUAAUAUGGAGGGAGAAGCAAUGUCCACCACUCAUCAAAACCAGUAAAACUACUUAAUCCAAUCCCUUCUUCAUCUUCCUAUCCUCCAUGUUUCUGGGGUUUUGAAGUUUAUUAUACAAACGUAACUACACCCUCAUUAUUCAGUGGUAAUGGCUUCUUUUUCAGCUACUUCCCUCAGAUUCUGCAUGCCUAUCAACCAAGCUAACAAAAUGAACCACAAUCAGCUUCUCAGAAGAAGCUUGCUCGGCCGGGGAUUUCUCAACAAUAAUAAUGCUUUCCACUUUCGUGUCUCUUGUGCGGCAAAACCAGAGACACUUGACAAAGUGUGUUCAAUUGUGAGGAAACAAUUGGCCUUGCCUGAAACCUCAGAGCUCACCCCCGAAUCUAAGUUCGCGGCUCUUGGUGCUGAUUCCCUCGACACAGUGGAGAUUAUUAUGACCUUAGAGGAAGAAUUUAGCAUCAAUAUCGAAGAGGAUAACGCUCAGAACAUAACCACAGUGCAAGAAGCUGCCGAUUUGAUUGAGAACCUUGUUGUUAAACAGCAAUCUUAAAAGACUAUAUAUAGCUUUGCUUUUAGUAUUAUGUUGAAGUUGUAUUAUUCCAAGAGGCAGAUGACAAGAGUUUGGUUGGGGUUGGGUUGAGCAAAUAGGAUUAGAAUGUUCUUUUUUUCCUCAAAUGAUUUUUUUAAGCAAAUUAAUGUACUUCUACUCCAUCAACGUAACUUGUUAGCUACAAAAUUUAAAAUGUAAUAUGAAUUGUAGUGUUGUGUUGUUUUC